CGUCUCCAAUUACACCGCCGCCGAGCGUGCAGCAGCAGCCGUUGAGGAGGAGUCAACCUACGUUGCAAUGGGUGCCGAUGUACCAUGCUGCGUUGCAGGAGCAGGCGCAAAGUCAAAGAUUGUCUGCGAUGGCUGCUUCUGCAGGACGACUUGGCCUGCCUGUUGUCCGGCCGUUAGGCAGGGGAGGGGCAGAGGAGAGGGAGAGUGGCGAGACUAUGGGUAGUGAGAUUAGUGGGUAUGAUGAUAAUGAUGGAUCGAGGGAGAGGAGUGGUGAGGGCGGGAUGGGCAGGACGCCGAUUUUACAUUCUACCCGGGCGACUUCGGGGGUCUUCCCAGAGGGCCCAAGGAAUGAUAGCGAGGAUGAAGAGGAGUUUGAGAAGAUGUUGGCUGGCGGUGGGAAUGGAGGCGAUGGAGGUAACGGCGGCAGUGGGGGGGCCAAGUGAUGGCAGCGCUGGUGGGAAUGGAGGCAGUGAGAAGGGGAAAGGGAAUGGCGAGGAGAAAGAAAAGGAUGAGAGUUGAUGGAGUUGGUUGUGUGGGCGGGUUUCAGGGCGUUCAUCAGUUGCCUCGCGUGCUUCUUCGUUGGGUUAUAUGAAGAAGGGGUUUCCCGGCUCCUAGAUCGACAGAUUCCCGACCCCUGAUGCCGGCCCGAACACCACCCAUGCAACCGAGACGAAAACGAGAUGGGUAUAUCCCGCCACAUCCAGAUUUGCGAACGAUAGAUGAACGAAAU